AUGAGUGACUACCCAGAGGCCGGCAGGAAGCUGCGCACGGAUGCUACUGUCGAGGAGGUGUAUGCGCUGGGUGCCCUGCUGGGGCAGGGAGGUGGGUGGCCCUACGCCGCCAAGCUGUCGUGCCCCCCCUCCAAGGUGCGGCUGGCCACAGACCUGCUGCUGGGCCAGCAGUGGGCGUGCAAGAUCAUGCGGCUGCCUCGUGGGGACAAGCUGGUCGAGGACCCGAUGGCCGGCCGCGCCGCCAUCAUGAAGGAGGUUGAUGUCUUGCUGGACCUGGACCAUCCCAACGUGGUGGGGAUGAGGGAGUACUUUGUGCAGCACCACAGGGUGUACCUCAUCAUGGAGCUGAUGCGGGGCGGGGAGCUGCUGGAUGCGCUGCAGGCGCAGGGCCACUACAGCGAGGGCGAUGCGCGCACCAUCUUCCGCCAGCUCAUCGAGGCGCUCCAGUACCUGCACUCCAAGGGGGUGGUGCACCGUGAUGUGAAGCUCAAGAACCUGCUGCUGGUGGCCCCGGGGGACAUCACCCGCAUCAAGCUGGCAGACUUUGGGUUUGCGAGGAAGGUGUCCAAGCGCUGGAGCAACACGCUGAGGACGGUGUGCGGCACGCCAGGCUACAUUGCGCCUGAGAUCGUCCGCAACGCCACGCAGCCCACGUUUGGGGCGCCCAGCCGCAAGAUGUUCUACGGCCCUCCCUGCGAUUUGUGCGACAAGAGCGAGCCGCGCCUGCUGCGCUCCAUCAUGGCCGGCAAGUACAGCCUGGACGACCCUGUGUGGGAGGAGGUCUCCGGCGAGGCCAAGGACCUGGUCAGCAAGCUGCUGGUGGUGGACCCAGCCAGCAGGCUGACCUGCCAGCAGGUGCUGGAGCACCCCUGGAUGACGCAGCCCACCCCAGACACGCCGCUGCAGCGCGCCCACUCGCGCCUGCAAGGCUCCGGCUCCUUCACAUGGCGGCUCAGGAGGCGCAAGUCCCUUGAGGAGCGCAUCAGCGCCGCCCUCAGCGCCUCCCGAGACGUGUCGGUGCGCUCGGGGGCAGCCAACACCUCGGUGCGCUCGGAGUUGGCCGGCAGGGCGCCGGGCUCGUCGGCCGCCGCGUCGCCACCCGGCUCCCCGCCCGCUGUGCCACCCAGCGCCGCCGCUGCCGCCCCAGCGUCGCCAGCUGCCCGCUGCGAGUGA